GGCUGUCCGAGCUGCCAUGUAUGUAUUUAUGGCUGGAGCCAUAUUCAUCACAGUGUUUGGCAAUCUUGCCAUGAUAAUUUCCAUUUCCUACUUCAAGCAGCUUCACACACCAGCUAACCUCCUCAUCCUCUCUAUGGCCAUCACUGAUUUUCUCUUGGGAUUCACCAUCAUGCCAUAUAGUAUGAUCAGAUCUGUGGAGAAUUGCUGGUAUUUUGGGCUUACAUUUUGCAAGAUUCAUUAUAGUUUUGACCUGAUGCUUAGCAUAACAUCCAUUUUCCAUCUUUGUUCAGUGGCCAUUGAUAGAUUUUAUGCUAUCUGUUACCCUUUACGUUAUGCCACCAAAAUGACCUUUCCAGUCGUUAAACGGUUGCUGCUUCUCUGCUGGUCAAUACCCGGAGCAUUUGCAUUCGGGGUGGUCUUCUCGGAGGCCUACGCGGAUGGAAUAGAAGGUUAUGAUGUCUUGGUUGCUUGCUCCAGUUCCUGCCCCGUGAUGUUCAACAAGCUGUGGGGGACCACUUUGUUUAUGGCAGGUUUCUUCACUCCUGGGUCUGUGAUGGUGGGAAUUUAUGGCAAAAUUUUUGCAGUAUCUGGAAAACAUGCUCGCAUAAUCAAUAACUUGUCAGAAAAUCAAAAUAAUCAGAAGAGGAAAGACAAAAAAGCAGCAAAAACUUUAGGAAUAGUGAUGGGUGUUUUCUUAUUAUGUUGGUUUCCCUGUUUCUUUACAAUUUUACUGGAUCCCUUUUUGAACUUUUCUACUCCUGUAGUUUUCUUUGAUGCCCUGACGUGGUUUGGCUAUUUUAACUCCACAUGUAAUCCCUUAAUAUAUGGUUUCUUCUAUCCCUGGUUUCGCAGAGCACUUAAGUACAUUUUGCUAGGUAAAAUUUGCAGCUCACAUUUCCAUAAUGCUAAUUUGUUUUCUCAAAAAGAAAAUGAAUAGAUUUAUUGUGUAUGAGUGAAUCGAAGCAAAAAGACUGGAGCUUAGAAGAAUAAAAUUGUUCAAAAUGUGCAUAUAUUUGUGUGUUUGUGUAUGUG